CGCGCGCCGCGACCGCCGGCCCCGCACUGCUGAGAAGCGGAGCCUCCGCCUUGGGGGCCCCCAUCCCUGGCUGUCCCCCAAUUGCGCGUCCCUGCCCCACCCCCCGCGGCCGCGCCACCACUGGUGUGGCGGUCUCUGCUUGGCGGAAGAGCCUUGAGCGGUCACCCAGCCCCUCUCCAUAGCCUCUUUGCAUCUCGGAUUUCGGGGCAGCCCCCUCCCCCACCCUCCCCGGCCUCCUUGCACCCCUAUUUUUUCUGCGUUUCGCUCGGGUUUUGCAGCCGUCUGGUUUUGCAUCCCUUUUCAUUUUGAUUCUAGAAGGUUUUUUUGGAGGGGGGGAAGCUGCACCGCACCCCUUCCCCUUUCUAUCCUCCUCUGAUCUGACAGUCCCCCUUUUCAUCGCAGCUGGGGGGCCUAGGAUCCGUGCAUCCUACGCCGCGCUGCCAGCACCCCGCAGCGCGUGGCCGUGCGCCCCGGAAUUAGCAGCAGCUGCCUAUCUGAGGAGGGUCUCCCUCGCCCCCGCUGCCUUUGCUCCCCGCGCGUUCCGGAGCGUGGGGGGGGCUUCUGCGCGCCGCACCCCAGCUUCUCCGCAGCCCCCCGACCCGCGCGGGACUCGCCCCCCGCCGCCAAGAUGGUCAUCCAGAAGGAGAAGAAGAGCUGCGGGCAGGUGGUUGAGGAGUGGAAGGAGUUCGUGUGGAACCCGAGGACGCACCAGUUCAUGGGCCGCACCGGCACCAGUUGGGCCUUUAUCCUCCUCUUCUACCUCGUCUUCUAUGGCUUCCUCACGGCGAUGUUCACCCUUACCAUGUGGGUCAUGCUGCAGACGGUCUCUGACCAUACCCCCAAGUACCAGGACCGACUGGCCACGCCAGGCUUGAUGAUUCGCCCCAAGACCGAGAAUCUUGAUGUCAUUGUCAACGUCAGUGACUCCGAGAGCUGGGACCAACACGUUCAGAAGCUCAACAAGUUCUUGGAGCCUUACAAUGAUUCCAUCCAAGCCCAAAAGAACGAUGUCUGCCGCCCGGGGCGCUACUAUGAACAGCCGGAUAAUGGGGUUCUCAACUACCCGAAGCGUGCCUGUCAGUUCAACCGAACCCAGCUGGGGGAUUGCUCUGGCAUCGGGGACCCAACCCACUACGGUUACAGCACUGGUCAGCCCUGUGUCUUCAUCAAGAUGAACCGGGUCAUCAACUUCUACGCAGGAGCCAAUCAGAGCAUGAAUGUCACUUGUGUUGGGAAGCGUGAUGAAGAUGCUGAGAAUCUUGGCAACUUUGUCAUGUUUCCUGCCAAUGGCAACAUCGACCUCAUGUACUUCCCCUACUAUGGCAAAAAGUUCCACGUGAACUACACGCAGCCCCUGGUGGCCGUCAAGUUCCUGAACGUGACCCCCAACGUGGAGGUGAACGUGGAAUGUCGGGUCAAUGCCGCCAACAUCGCCACGGAUGACGAGCGGGACAAGUUCGCCGGCCGCGUGGCCUUCAAGCUCCGUGUCAACAAAACCUGAGGCCCCUUCCUCCUGCCCCCACCUCUUUCCUAUGGAUGCUUCUGGAAUGUCCCCGACCCUGCCUGAUCCCUCCCUCACCCGCCCCAAAGGUAUUUUUUAUAACAGAGCUAUGACUUGUUUGAGCCCCACUCCCUUUUUCUUUACUUGUGAACCCCACCUGGUGAUGGCCAUUUGUGAUUCCUGGCCUCCUGUCCCCGCCCUUCCUCUCCCGACUCCAGCUCGGUCAGAGGCAGGGAGACGGGAUCCCGGGACGGCCCCAGAGGACUUAGGAGCUGUUCUGGUUCUGUGUUAGCUGUGAGUGGGGUGUCUCCACCCCUCCUGUCCCCAGAGAACUAUAGAAGAUGCCUUUCUGCCCACCUUCACACCCGCCCACUUUCACACCUGCCUUCGCACUCAUCCUCUUCUCACACACACACAGACAUACACACGCGCAUCUCUGUUCAGCUCCAACUUGCAGACACUCCAUUCCCCCUUUCUCUGUGUCUCCUGCGCCUCCUGCCUCAUCCACACAGUCCUUGCCUUAUUGGCUUUUGACGUAUCUGGCUCCCCCUGUGGCCUGUCCCCACCUCCUCUCCACCCCGCUUCCCUCCUCUGAAAGACAACUGUGUGUCAUCCAGGAUGAGGUGGCUCAGUGGCCUUUCCCGUGUUUUCUGGCACAUUUGUCUUCCCACCCUCUGGUGACGGCAUGCGCUGGGAACCAGGGUCUGGAAGAGGAGUCCCUGUUGGUUCUUCUUGAAAAUUCUCUUCCUGUCACCCAAAGAGGCACGCCCCCAGAGGGAUGGGGUUGACCUAGGCUGAACGUCCACUUUGUUUUGGCUGAUGGCUCACUUCUCCCUGUUUGUUUUCCCAGAAUAUCCUUCAAGUUCCACUUCCCCGGAGCCCUGGGGGAGGGGCAGCCGUUUUGGCCGGGUCCCCAGUGGCCACCUUGGAAACGCCAGCUGGCUAUGGGACGGUUUCACCUCCUUCCCCUCUGGGCCCGAGCUGCCCCCACCGGCCUCUCUCCAGUCUCUCUUAGCACGUUAGCAGCUCGUCCCUAACUCCCUCCCUCUCCUCCGCAUGUCAGCCUGAACGGGGCAAACAGCCACUCAGUCUAGGCUCUGAAUGUCUCGGCCCCCGUCUCCUCCAGACCCCUUGGCGUUUUUAAACGACCCAUAGUGCCCAUAGAAUGCCCCAUGAGGGGCCUCUGGCAUCGUCCAGC